AUGGCACCAUUGACACCGCUCCAGACACCAGGUAAAGGUGUUUCAGGCGUGAAAGAAUUGGGAAUCUUCAAGACAUUUUGUCAAGUGAAGUCCUGCAAUGCUGAGAUGAUGAAGCAACCGUCUAAGUUGUUGCAACUAUGCCCCAAGCAUUCCCUUGCGAGAGAUGGCCUUAUGAAACAGGCGCAGCGCAAGGGCAAGGAGACAGCUGAGACUAUUCAGUUGCUGGAGAGAGAGAAUCCCAUUGAAAUGCUGGGCCACAUCGAAAAUUUCACACAAACGUGUCCAGCGCCUGGAAAAGGGAAAAGGCAAUUGGAGUGGGACUUUGGUCGUUUGCGACGUCAUCGCACGUCUGGCAUCCGAGAUGAGACUUCAUCUACCAAGCGUCCUCUUUGUCAGGAGGAUUUCGUGGAAUACUAUACCACCAAGGACCAUGGCAUUUCUCAAGAGGUUGAAGACGUGUGCAAAAGGCCGACUGGACAGUUGAUCCAGGCACAACUCGAGAAGGCGCAAAGUUCGGUUCUUGGUGACGAAUUUGAGAGUGAGGCUGCUGUCGUUCGACUCGAGUCCAUCAGGGGUGAUGGGUCUACAACAUUUUUGGCGCAACCUGAUCCAAAGGCUAAGUCAAAGGCAAAGGCUGCAUCUCAACCCAAGAGAAGGGCAGCUUCAGCCAACAAUCCAUUGCUGGCGGCUUCUCAGGCAAGACAAAGAAGCACGGCAUUGUACUUUGAAACUGAGCGCCUUCUUCAAAGGGCAAUCAAAGAAGCUGAGUUUGUCUUUGAGGUGACAGCGCCAAAGGUGCUUGGCAGUGAAGAGGCUGUGCAGAAUGAUGCCACGCUGGAGCUGCUUAGGAACAGAUAUGAUUUAGUUCAUGUUGCAUCUGAUCCCAAUGCAAAAGGAGAUAAGGCCGAUAAGGCCUGUGAGGUGAUGUUCAAUCUCGCUUGCCAAGAUCCUUAUCUCAAGGAUUGCCGUUCCACCUUGAUGGCUGACCCAAAGGCUUGUCAUACCCUAGGAGUUGCCAAGUACAUGCGGCAGUUUGUCUUCGAUAUGCAACCUACUCGAGAGCACGUCGAGCUUUGUGCAACUGCUCACCGGAAUGCACUCGAGUUGCUGAAGAAGAUAGCAGGAUGUUGCUUGACAGAAAGCACAAGCUGGGUUGCAAACAUUCAGGCAUUAAUCAAAGCCAAGCAGGAUGAAGAGAAAGCACUCGAACGAGAAAAGGCAAAGGAGAACAAAAAGGCAGCUGCUGCUGCAAAGAGAUCUGAAGAGAAGGCAGCCAGAGCAGCGGCAGCAGAGGCGAAGAAGAAGGCCAAGGCAGCAAAGUCUGCAGAAGAAGGAGCAGGUGCAGAUGCAGCAGAACCGACGGUGUUGGAGGCACCAAAGAAGUCCAAGCGCAAUCGGAACAGGGCUGGUCAGCAGGAGCUAGAAGAGACAGAUCCUGACUUGUUCAAGACCAUGUUCAAAUUCAGCAUUGGUGCCAUGGCCACGCUGGAAGAUGUUCCAAAGUUUCUUCAGCAGAUUGCCGAAGCACCACAGGCGGCAUGUUUGGCUCGAUUGCAACGUGGUACCUUCAAGAAAGAAGACCCUGGAUUGAACCCAAAGGAUUGCAAUUCUAUGCAAAAGGUCUUGGUUCAGCAGGGUCAGGAAUUUGCGGAGAAGUUGAAGAAGACUUUCCAGAAUCCCAGCUGUGCGUGGGAUGCACGAUCAACAUCCAUCACAGAUGGUCCGGCUGCUAUGUUGGCAAUGGAUGAUGCUCUUGCCAUGGAGAUCCAAAAGUACCAGGAGGGACACAGGCAGCUCAACAUCAAUGUUGGCGUUUUGGAUCGUACCCAUCUGGCAACCGAGGUCUAUGAUGCAGUGAAGAGGAGAACAAAGUCACACGAUAUGGCAGCAAAGGAGGCAAAUCGGAUUGCAGGGGUCGCAUGGGUUGGCAUCAAGUGCGGCGGUGUGUACACAGGGACAUUGCCUGUGCCUAUUGGAUCCUUCCUUUUUCAGGCUGAGGGCCAGCGAAUGGUAGCCAUUGUGCCAUGUAUGGAAUGCCUGGGCUUGAUGCAACGGCAAGCUGGAGAGGGCGUGUCUGAAAUCCCAGAUGAUCUCACGGCCGACAUGGCACCGCAACUCAUGCAGGACAUUGUGCAAUUUUUGUUGGAGGCCAGUGGCUCAUUCGUGGAGCAGUUCAUGCCGGCCUGCUUCAGGUAUGGAUAUGUUCAGCCUGGAGACAUAUUAUAUGUUCCAGGUGGAUCGCUUCUUAUCGAGAAGGCGGUGGUGGACGAUAACAUCGUUCUGCGUGUUCCAAGCCCAUUGAUCAGCACUUCAAUGGUGGAUUCAGUCAUCUUCGCGUGCAGCACAACUAGUGCACAGUGUCUUGUCGGUUUUAGUAUGUUUUAA